UUUAGUUCAGUGCUGAUUUCUCAGCGGUUUCUUGCGAUUGUAAGUUCGGCUGUUCUGAUAUUUGCCUGAUGAGUUUGAGUUUCUGACCAAAAGUCCAUGACAGGCACAAUUCGAAAUUGAAAAAAACUCAAUCCAGAUAGAAAGUUAUCCGUAUUUUGACCGACUGAGACCUUAAACUGAAGUAUAGCCCGGCCCAGGAUAAAAUACUGGUGUGGCUCUAGCCAGACGGCACGGACCGUACCUAAAUGAAAGGGCCCUCUCUAAAAACUGAGUUUUCAAUUACUAGUCGACCUGUGACCGGCUUUUCCCGAUUGGGAUUUAAGUUAUUUCUUUCGGCUUUUAAUCUAUAUCAGAUUUUACUUGAACACAGAUUUGUUCUUUAUUUAUUUUUUUACAAUUGGCUGUUGUUUUACUUUACAGUUUCUGGGAUUGGUUUGUAGUCAAUCUCGAUGCCUGGAGAACAAAAUGAUUUGUCCACGUGCAUGUCUGAUGAGCAGUUAAAGAAAGCCUACGAGGCUCUGGCGGAGUUUUUUCAAUUUGACAAUCAUGAGCAGGGUUUUCCCGUAAGCAGCGAAGGGGAUGAUCUUAAUAUUGGAGAGCUCUCGCCUAUUGAUUCUGAAGUAAUCUUGAGUGGAGACCUGUACUGUGACGCGUUUCCUUCCGAUUAUCCAUGUGGCAGCGGCUCAGGGCAAAUACAAUCAUCUGAAGUUUUGUGUGAGGGUGAGUUGGAGAACGCGGGCAGCAUUUGUAGUGCAAUCUACGAUCUACAAGAAGAGAAGCAGCAGCAAAAUGAACAGAUGAUGAGGAUGUAUGAAUGGCACAAUCGCCAAGAGGAGGGCGUCGAUUUAGCUCUGCAAGGUUGCGAAAUGCCCGAUGAAUUACCAAAAACUGCACAACAGAGGGAAACAACACCCGACGCCAAAAGAAAAUGGCCGGAACAGCAGCGAAAUGCAACAAAACAGCAAAAAAUACAAGAUGAGCCAAUAAACCCUCAAGAGUUUAAAUAUGAAUUGCGAACAAAACCUAAAUGCGAUAAAGUCAUUGAUUUGCAGGAGCAACAAGUUAGUGAAGGGCAAAGAACCUCAUCAAAAUUGAUGGAAUCUCCGGAAGUUCUGAAUUUUCCGAAGAAUAUAAUUGUGCGAGAGCAGAAAAAUGAUGGACAAACGACGAAAUAUCCGCCGAGUAACUCUAAAAGAAAUAAAUUGCAAAAAAAUCGAGAGGAGGAAGAUCAAACAAAGUUAGUUAAGCAGCAAAAAUUUUUAGACUUCAAACCAUCUGAACAACCACAGAAGAAAGGCCAGCAGAAAUUUAUUGAAAAGCAUCAAACCUGGCACUGUGAUCAAAGUCUGGAUGAAGACCAAAAACUACCUGAAGAACCGAAAGAAAUACCAGAGAAGAUACAGCUUGGACAUCGACAAAAACAAGCAAGAAAACCAAAUCCAGAACGGCAAGAGGUUCAGUUAUUAACACGCUUAGAAAAGAAAUUACGUAAAAAGCAGCAAAAAUUAUCAGAACAAGAAGCAGUGCAGAUACAACUACAUCAGGAAACGGAGCAAAGGGUGAGAGAGCAACAGUUAGAGGAACAGCGAAAUUUGGCAGAAAAACAAUGUUUGGGAAAACGGCAAAAGUUACGAAAAAAGCAGAAAAUAAAACAACGGCGAAAGUUGGAAGAAAAGCAGUUAAAAGAACAAAAAAAGUUGCUCAAAUUGCAAAAAGUGCAAGAGCGUCAAAAAUUGCAGGAACAAAAAAGUUUACAAAAACAUGAAAUGUUCAAGGGUAGACAAAAUAUGAAAGGUAUGUUAAAUUUGAAACCACAGCUGAUGUUUCCUGAUCAUUUGGGAGCUGAGCGAAAGUUGGGGGGAACUAGUAAAAUAGAAGACCAUCAGAAGCUGCGAAAAAAUCGAAGUAUGCUAGAACAGCAGAGUUGCGAACACGUACAGCAGACGGAGGUAGAAGAGUGGGCGAUUUCAAGUCCCAGAAAAGAAGGAAAAAUGGGUAAGCAAGACACGGAAGUAGACCGAGAAGAAGAGGAGGAGACGGAGUGUGAGGAGUUAGAGGAUGAAGACGAGGAUUCAGUGGCCAAAGGGGUUGAGUUGCGGGCGAUGAUGCUGAGGUACAGGGAUCAGCUGAAACGGGAGCAGGGCAAGGAAGCUCUGCGCAGGAUGAAGGUGGAGGUCGUCAUUCUCUCCAGUGACAGCGAGGAGGGAGAAAGAGAGCAAGAGAGAGAUAGCGAAAUCAGCGCAACAUGGCAACCGACGCCAGUUAUGCGAUUGUUCGAUAGAACUAUUGCAUUGCUGGCAGCUUCUGAAAUGUGGACUGCUCAUCGACAGCUAAGGCGAGUAUGGAGACAAUCUCGUGGGUGAGACCGCCGGAAAUCACGUACAUGGAUGAGACCCCACGUCCCACCGACAGAUGCUACAAUUCGUCUCCUGUGAGGCAUCAAUGGCGUUGUGGAGAAAAAGUGUCGCGUGAUAAAAGGAGAGAGAAGCUGAAGUGCAGAUCGGAUGUUCUCUCUGACCCUGAUACCCUGAUGGUUGGCAAUUCAUCUCAACGCUCACCUGCAGCAGAGUCGAAUGUCUACCCGGUAUCAGCAGGAUCUUCUGGAACAGUCCUGUGUGUUGAUCGAGCCACCGACUGCUCUUCAGACUCUGUGGUUGGUGUUGUGAGUGGGUUGGAGGGACAAGAGACAGGGAGCGAACACAUCUCAGCACUGCGAGCUUUUUGGGCCAACCCCAGACGCGCAUUGUCUCGAGUUACCCGCAGUUCUCAAGUGAGCAUGGACGAGAAAAAAGAGCUGGCAACGGUGCUGUCUAAUACCGACAAAAUAGAAGGCAAAGAGAAAAGAAGAUGUGGACAUGAUGCCCAUCAGAAGUGUGAGGCAUGCGCGGAUGAUUCGGUUGCGGGGAGCCAUUCAGUUGCUUCUUUGUCCAAUGUAUCAAAGCAUGACCCACUCGGUCUUUGUGCAGAGGGCUGGAGUGGCGAAUCUGUGCAGGACGGACAAAGUGGCCAGCAUUGUGAGGGGGUUUUCCCUGUUAGAAAGGAGGACGGGGAAAAGGUUAGGGACAUGUGGGCUUGCAUGGAGUGUGGGAAGCAGUUCCAUUCGAGGAAGGGGGCUGAGUGGCACUACCACGUGUUCCACAGGAGGAAACUGCACCUCUUUUUCCGCUCGUGGCCUCACUUCAGUAGUGCCACCAGCAAGAACGAAGAAGAGGAAGAAGAAAUGGACUCCGAGGUUAAUAAUGAUCAGCUAUAAUUGAUGAACAGAAAAAAAGCAAAUUAAAUUAAUUUAAAACACACUUGGACAUAUUUUCCUAUUACAAACUAGUUGAUAGUAUUUGAGUGUAAACACUUUUUUGGUGCUAGAAUUAUCCUUGUGCAUUUAAUGAUCGCUAUCACCAGCUUAAUCAUAAAUACAUAAUUUAUUUUUUAGAAAGACAAUAGAUUUGUUAAAUGAAAAUGAAGAUUUCUGUAUCAAAUAUAUUUAUAAUCUGAAUAAUUUAUUAAGGGUAUUAAAGUAAUUUAAAUGGAAAUACCGAGGAAAGUAAUAGUGAAAGAAACAAAUGCCAUGGGCUUGAUAAUGUUAUUGCGGAUCUCUUUAACUAUUUCCCCAACUAAAUAAAGGGGA